AUGUCCGUGCUUCCUAUUCCUCCUCAGCCCUCCAAGUUAGCCUGUACCAGCCUCCUGGACGAGCUUUCCCCCGGCAGCGUCUCAUGCCAACACCUUGCAAUGGACGCUACUGAGCCACAGAGCUCGAUGCUCCUUGAGUGCUUUAUGCGUACAUUUCUUCGUACGUUCUUCUUCGAGGACUUCCCUUUGCAGACUCGGGCACUGGCCUCGCUCCAUGACACACACGAUGGUGCUAUGCUGCAGGAGUGGGUGCUCCUGUUCCUUGAGACGAUGGUCAUGGGCCACGCAUAG